AUGGAUUCGCGUAAAAUCAACAUACCAGGAUACAUGUUUUAUUGUGUGCUGGUAGCAGCGAUCGGCUCGUUUUGUAAUGGUUGGGUCAUUGGUUCACCUAACGUACCAGGCGAUAUCACACACAAUUGCCCAAACGGAAACGCCCAUAUUAACGAUCCAAGGAUGCCGGAUUGCUUACCUAUGAACACCACGCUAUGGGGUUUUGCUGUGUCUUCUUUUUGCGUGGGUGGUCUUGUUGCUGGUAUUUCGGGUGGAUACAUCCAAACAUACCUAGGACGUAAAAAGGCCAUUGCCGUAAAUACGUUUGGAUGGAUUGUGGGAGGUGUAUUGAUGGGUGCAGCUGUACACGAAGGCAUGUUUAUUGUCGGCCGUUUGAUUGCUGGCUUAUCUUGUGGUCUUGGUUCGGUGUGCAUCCCCACGUAUAUAGGAGAAAUUUCGACCAUCAAAGCACGCGGCGCUAUGGGCACUUGUCACCAAUUCUUUAUUGUCAUUGGUAUCUUACUUGCCUCAGUGAUUGGUUUGCCUACUGCUACGGUACCUCUUUGGCGCCUCAAUUUCAGCUUGGUGGGUAUUCCUGCUAUCGUGCAGCUAUUUUUGGUAGUGACCAUUGUCGAUUCACCACGUUGGUUGGUGUCUGUGAACCGAGUUGAGGAAGCACGUUCGGCAUUACAUCGUUUGCGUGGCAAGAAUGCAUCCAUUGAUGCUGAGUUUUACGAAAUUGUCAGUGCUCAACUUGGACCAGCAGCAGCAGCAUCCACUGUAAGUGAUCCCGAAUUUGCAUCCAAUCCUGUCGAGGAAGAAGAAGCGUUGCAUGAUGAUAGUGCAACCGCUACCGAAAAGAUGAAGCAAAGAUCAGAAGAAAUUCAUGGCGAAACGCAACUUCACAACCGUGAACCCUUGUCGUUGAUUGGUAUCUUUACAGACUCCUUGGUGCGUCACAUCACUAUAAUUGUACUCUUUUUGCACUUCACUCAACAAUGGAUCGGUAUGAAUGCCGUGAUGUUUUAUUCAACCAUCAUCUUUUCGGAAGCCUUCAAUCCCGAUAUGUCAAAGUACAUGGCCAUCGCUACGACGGGUGUCAAUUUUGUUGCCACCUUGUUUUCGGUCAUUCUCAUUGAUCGCAUGGGUCGCCGUCCUUUGGUCAUGCUUUCAUUAGCUGGAUGUGUUAUCUUCUCCAUGCUGUUGGUCCUUGGAUACCGUUUCCAAGUCCCGGCCUUGUUGGUCGUCGCUGUGUUCCUUUAUGUGGCAUCAUUUGCUAUUGGCAUUGGCCCUAUCCCAUGGAUGAUCACUUCAGAACUUUGUCCAACCUAUGCCAAUUCAGCUGUUAGUGCUGCAGCCACAUGCAUGAAUUGGUCCAUGAACUUUGUGAUUGGUCUCGUAUUUCCAAUUAUCUUUGAAGAGAUUGCUGGCUAUACAUUCUGUAUCUUUAUUGGUGUCGGCACAGUUGCCUUCAUCAUCACCUAUAUCUUUGUUCCCGAGACCAAAGGCCGAUCCAUUGAAAAGAUCGUCAGGGAUUUACGUGCAAGCACUAAAGCCAAGAAAAAGGUGCUUCCUCAACAAGCCCAAGAAGACAAAGAAAAAUUUAAGGAGGUGGAAUCUACACAAGAAGAUUCUACCACUGUCGGGCCAUAG